CUUCCCCUCUUCCUUUUCCCACUGGCUGAGGUACUAGGAAGGCACAGCCUUCCCGAACCGCCUACCACAAAUCCCCCCUUGAACGUACUGCUUCACCACAAAGUUUUGAGGUAGAGGCUGCGUACCUCGGGUCUGCACUCUACAACACACCCGCGGCCCAGUGACAGUAGAGACAUUAACACCCACAUCUUCACCCAUCAAAUUGUUUUUAAAGACAUCAGCGCACAUCUUUCAUAUCUAAUCUAAGUCUGCUCUCUCAGUUUGAAGCCUGGAACCUGUCACUGGAUGUAAAAGACCCCUCUCCAUCCUUCCUGCAGGCUCCCUUCAGGCACUGGGAGGAGAUGAACGGAGCCCCGUGUUCCCUCCGCCGCUGUCCGAGGCUCAGGGCUGUCCCUCGAGGCCGCAGCCCAGCCCAUUCCCUGCCAUCCCCACACGUUUCCAGGGUCGCACCCCAGCCCACUCCCUGCCAUUCCCACAUGUCUCCAGGCCCGCACCAUUCCCUGCCAUCCCCACACGUUUCCAGCGCCUCCUCCUGCGCCCCCCCAACCCCCCGGCGCUCCCCUCGGGCUCCCUCGCGGCGCCUGCGCGCGCCUGCGCCGCGCUCCGCCAUGGCGGCCUGGACGUGCUGCCGGGUGGCCGCCGUGUCCUGCCUGGUGCUCUGCGUCUCCCUGCUCCUGCCGCGUACCUUCCUGCCCCGGGCCGGCGGCAGGCAGGAGCCCGGUGCCACGCCGCCCGAGGGGAAGCUCAGUCGCUUUCCACCGAGGAUGCAUUCCCACGCCACUCCCGAUGGCCGAGCUGUCCCUCAUUUUCCAAGGUCUCACCUUACUGAAGCAGUUGCCAAGGCCAAGGCAGGUGGAGGUGGCAGUGGAAGCACUGGUGGAAGUGGAAGAGGUCUCGUGGGACAGAUUAUCCCUAUAUAUGGAUUUGGCAUCUUCUUAUAUAUUCUGUACAUUUUGUUUAAGCUGGCUUCCAAAGGAAGAACUACUCCUGCAGAGCGGAAAUGCCCCCCUGCUACACCUGGGAACAUGAAGAGGAAAAUCACUGACUAUGAGCUCACUCAACUCCAGGAAAGAUUGAGAGAGACAGAAGAAGCAAUGGAAAAAUUAAUCAACAGAGUAGGACCUACGUAUGACAGCAGGACUCAAAAUGUUACAACAGACCAGGAAAAAAUGUUACUUCAACAACUCAGAGAAAUUACUAGAGUUAUGAAAGAAGGAAAAUUCAUAGAUGACAUCUCACCUGAGAAGGAAGCUGAGGAAGCUCCAUACAUGGCAGACUGGGAAGGUUAUCCAGAAGAGACCUAUCCUGUCUACGAUAAUUCCGAUUGCUUCAAGCGCAAGCAGGACACAAUCCUUGUGGAUUACCCUGACCUGAGCCAGCCCUCUCCAGAAGAGCUGGCAGAAAGAAUGGAGGGCAUGGAAGAUGAGGAGUAUCCUUAUGAUGAAACCCUGCUGAGUGAUCUCACCAUGGGAAUGGGUGCUCCGGAUUUAAUGCAGAAAAAGGAUGAUGUAACUCUCGUCAAGGAGGAGAAGAGCGACCUUGCUCCCAGCCAGAGCACUGGGGAGUGCUGCUGUUGCUGUGAUGAUGAUCCUGCUGUCAUAGCAGAGAAUGCUGGAUUCCACUCUGAGAGCUGCAGUGAAGCAGAAGAGACAAGCCAAGAGGAUCUGUCCAUGGAGUCAGAAAAUGAAAAUGCUGCACUGGAAAAGCAAAAAACUAGUGAUGCAGAGCAGACAGGCACGCUGAGAAAGCGCAACACCAAAGUACUUGAUUGAUAGGGACAA